AUGACAACGAGGGGCUUGCGAUCGGUCUUCAAGGCGACCGCGUUGCUUGCUGUUGUCUUCCUCCUGAUAGCCGGCUUUGGGUUUUUCGACUAUGGCGAUUCCCUUUCGCGAAUAAAACCUAUCGUCACUGGUAUUGUCAAACCAACCCCGGCAGAAACGAAGCCGAGCAACCUAGAUGACUCGCCAACAACAUCACAAACCCCCGAGCCUCCCAAUGCCAGCGGCGGUUCUGGACUUUCGGAAAGUAACAAUGCCACCGUCAUUGAUAUACCAGCAUAUCUGCACGCCAUCAUGAAUCCUGCGUCUACGACUUUCCCACGACUUGAGUGCCCGCAGCCAAACCUUGAAAGCAUGCAACUUUUAGGUAUUCGAUACUACUUCAAAUCGAGCGAUAUCAACCCUCUAGCCAAAGGAGAAAAUCGCAUCGAGAACCUUGCAAAGCUCCGCAAUCUAGCUCUGAGAGACCUUAUCGCACAUCCGGAGCAUUACGACGAGGAUACUACGGUCAUCUUCUCCAACGACGUGGCUUUGUGUAUGGAAGAUAUUCUAGAAAUAAUCCAUCAGCGGAAGUUCCAGGGAGCAGAUCAAACGUGUGCCAUGGAUUGGACAUACGUUGGCGACAACCCGACUUACUAUGAUGUUUGGAUCGGUCGCGGAAUGACUGGGGACCUAUUCUUCAAUAUCCCGGAAGACGGAUCAUGGGAUAACGCUUGGAAUCUCUUCUAUAAUGACCCUAAAUCACAAGCGCGCUGGUCGACCUCAAAACCAUUCCAGGUGUUUUCAUGCUGGAACGGCAUAACGGCCUUCACCGCGAAACCGCUCAUGGAGAAAAAGAUCAAGUUUCGAACGCAUAAGGAAGGCGAGUGUUUUCAAGGCGAGCCGAAGCUGUUCGCCAAGGACAUGUGGUUUAACGGUUAUGGCAAGAUUGCUGUGGUACCGAGCGUUAACGUGGAAUACUCGGACGAAGGAACAAAGAAGCUCAGGGCUUUGAAAGGAUCCACAUCCAAGCAUGUUGCGGACGAAGGAGAUGAUAUCAAAAUCGAGUGGGAGGUUUCUCCGCCGGAGAAAGUGAAGUGUAUGCCAGACUAUCGACACCAAACGUUUGUUGCUUGGGACGAGGGACUGAGGCGUUAA